AUGGAUCAAGAUUAUGUGAAUGUAGAUGAAAUAUUAGGUCAUCACAGAAGGUUAAAAAGGGAGCAAAAAUCUUCACAAGAUACUUCAGUCAAUCAUGAAAUGAUCCAAAUUGUGCAGCCUGAAACAACUAGACCUGAACUCCCAGACGCUGAAGCUGUAAAGAGUUCCUGCAGAGCUGCUGCAAUUCUUCUGGGUCUGCUGAGUUUUUUCCUCCUGAUUGGACUCAUAAUUCUGGGCUGUCUUUUCACCCAAGGCAAAUCUCAGUGGGAAAUGGAGACGGUGACGCUACAGAAGCUUUACAACAACGUGACCAGAGGGAGAAACCAGUUACAGGCCAAUUACAACAGUGCAGUUAAAGAGAGAGAUGAGCUGCAGGCAAAGCUUCAAGAUUGUGCAAAUUGGGUGUUCUUCAAGGGUAGUUUGUAUUAUGUUUCUUCAAAUAAGACAUCCUGGCAAAACAGCAGACAAGACUGCCUUCAAAGAGGUGCAGACCUGAUGAUUAUCAACAGCCAAGAAGAACAGAAUUUUGCUAACCAGUUCAAGAAAUACUUGUGGAUUGGAAUGACUGACUCAGAGACAGAGGGGUCAUGGAAAUGGGUGGAUGGGACUCCAGUGACCACAAGGUACUGGAAUAGUGGUGAACCAAAUGGAGGCAUUAAUGAAAACUGUGGACAGAUAAAGAAUUACAACUCACAAAACAGCUGGAAUGAUGAAAACUGUUCCAAUUUACACUUCUGGAUAUGUGAGAAGAGAGCUUCUCCAUAACUUAACAUCCGAGCCCAACAAAUAACGCAGAG